GUUUCCGGGACCGUUCUUCUUCCCGUCUAUUGUAAACUGUACAAUCAUUUCUAACAAUCUUAAGCUAAUAGUGCCAUAUCCGUGCACGAUGGCGGGUAUGGACGGAUUCGGUUUUGAUGCUCACACCGGAAACGGGAGUAGUUCCGAGACUCCGGUUGUGAACGUUUCGGCUGGAUUGGGUGGCUCUGUUGGGCAGACCACUCCGAUCAACGUUCCCUUUGGAUCGAGUGCGGCCAUGGGGUCCACUCCGAUCACCACCUUUGUUGGAUCGAGCGCGACUAUGGGGUCCGCUCCGUUCACCUCAGUUAUUGGACCAACCGCGGCUACGGCCGCAAUGGUCCCCCCACUCGGACCGAAUAUGGCUUCGGCCAUACCGGUCAUUCCCUCACUUGGACCGAACACGGGUGUCUUUACAUCCGCGCCGGUCGGACAUCCUACUGUCAUGCUGCCUGCAAACUCUGUCAAAGAACCGGAAAAGUUCACAGGUGUUGGCUUCAAAAUAUGGCAGCAAAGGAUGUUAUUUUGGCUGACCACCCUCAACCUUGCGAGGUACUUGAGGGAGGAUCCCCCUGUUGUGGGGGAGAAUGCGGACGAGCCAACAAUUCAGGCUAAAGAGGCAUGGAUAGCGAAUAACUAUACGUGCCUUAACCUUAUCCUGAAUUGCUUGAGCGAUGCCUUAUAUGCUGUUUAUAGAAGGGCUGCAUCCGCAAAGGAGUUAUGGACUACACUGUCCAACAAAUACCAGGCCGAGGACGCCGGUGCGAAGAAAUUCGUUGUCGCUUAUGCUGAGCGUGUAGUUGUUUUUGCUACACGCAGGUCCGUUGGGUCGCGGGUGAACCGGGUUCACGGAAGGCGGGUGUUACAUGAGUUCCGGAGCUAUCUUAAGCUCAAACGGAAAGAGAUGACUUUAAAACAGUUACUUGUUCGUCUCCGGAUCCGUGAGGAGGGUCUCACUCGCGAGAAGAAAGUAGUUGUUGCUAAGGCCAAUGUGGUGGAGCAUCCACCCAAAGAGGGUUCUUCCAAAGGGCCCAAGCCAAAUAAGGACAAGAAGAAAAUUGGUCCUAAAGGAGGCGUCGCGAAGACUAAGUUCGCUGGGAAAUGCUACAACUGUGGUAUUACGGGCCACCGUUCUUCAGAGUGCCGCAAGAAGCCUCAGAAGAAGAAGCAGAAGAAGGAAGAAGCUCUCUGCUCGGAGCUAGAUGCUAUGGAUCUUUGUGCGGUCGUGACAGAGGUCAACCUGGUCGGGUCUAACCCGAAAGAGUGCCGCCUGUAUGAGCUUGUGAAAAAGAACAAAUUGCUUCAGAUGAUCUCUUUCGUGGAUCCCGGCAUGGUCGGGACGCUUGCAUGUGGGAACAUAGGGCAGAGGUCACGCAAGCUUGCUGAUCGCUUUAAGGGGGCCUGUGAUGGACAACACUUUCUAAUACCGUUCAAUGAUGUGAAUCAUUGGGCUUUGACUGUUGCCAAACCUAAUGAAGAGGUAGUGUACUACAUGGACCCCCUUAAACGGCUUAAUGCUAUAGUUUUGCACAAGAAUACCAUGAACACCCCUAUGUUGAAGAAGAAAGUGUCCUGGGAGAACAUGGCGGGCAUCACGAUGCAAAAAGGGAAUGUAGACUGUGGCUUGUUUGUAAUGCGAUACAUGAAAGAGAUUUGUCAGGAUAAGGAGGUUCAAUUUGCUUCAAAGGGAUAUUUACUGUAUUGUAUGUUAUCAUACCAUUACUGAAUUGCAAAGUUUGAUUUGUUGCUUUUAGGAGUGUUCUCUAUUAAGUGCUUCUUUGCAUCCGUGUAUCAUUUAGGAGUGUGUUUUUUAGUUUGAAUUUCUGGAUAAAUGCAAGUUCUGCUACAUGCUCUUUACACAGUUUUAAGUUGAAGCUAAGAUAGAGCUGUACAGAGUAUUUUUAUUUUGUGAAGCUCGAGGGUUUUGAAUUUCAUAAAAGCUAUUUUUUACU